AGCCAGGAUCCGGAUUGUGAGCGCCACAAAGAAAAAACAAACAUGGUGAACUUAGUUGCCCUACAGAAGCCCCUUCUGCAUGGCCUAAUGAAAAUGGCCGGAGUCAAACCCUACACGGUGGAGAUUGAGCCUGGCACGGUGAUGAACUUCUGGGUUCCGAAAGAAACCCUAAACAAGCCGAAGAAGGGGGAGAAGCCCGAGAUCAUUUCCAAACCCAAUAAGCCGGUUGUGGUUCUGAUACACGGGUUCGCCGCCGAGGGAAUAGUGACUUGGCAGUUCCAGGUGGGAGCGUUAGCGAAGAAAUACUCGGUCUACGUUCCCGACCUCCUGUUUUUCGGGGGGUCGACCACUGACAAACCCGACAGGUCCCCGGCUCUUCAGGCCGAGUGCGUCUCUAGGGGGCUGAGGAACCUCGGGGUGGACACGUGUAUGCUGGUGGGGUUCAGUUACGGCGGCAUGGUGGCGUUCAAGAUGGCUGAGCUGUAUCCGGAGCUGGUGAGAGUCAUGGUGGUGUCCGGGUCGAUAUUGGCGAUGACGUGUUCGGUGAGCGAGGAGACUAUGAAAAGGCUAGGGUUCGAGUCGUCGUCGGAGCUUUUGCUGCCGAGCACGGUUAAGGGGCUCAAGGCUCUGCUGUCGGUUGCUUCUCACAAGAAGCUGUAUUUUCCCGAUCGGCUCCACAGAGACUUCCUUGAGGUGAUGUUCACCAACAGGAAGGAGAGAGCAGAACUACUGGAAGGUCUCGUCAUCGACUCAAAGGACCCAAACAUUCCCAAAUUCCCUCAGAAAAUACACCUCUUAUGGGGUGAAAAUGAUCAAAUAUUUAAGCAGGAACUAGCUCACAACAUGAAAGAGCAACUAGGAGCUAAUGCAACAUUUGAAGGCAUAAAGAAAGCAGGUCAUUUGGUUCACUUGGAAAGACCUUGUGUUUACAAUAGGUAUCUCAAGAGAUUUCUUGCCUCCCUGAAUGAACUUGAAGCUCAUAAUUAAGAUGAUUUUCCAUCACUUAAGUGUGACCAUCAGCUCAUAUCAUAUAUAUGUUACUGCAUGUGUGUACUCCUCUUUAUUUACCCCACCAAUGUUUAAGAUUAGCUUCUUAUGGGUAAUUCGUUCCUAUGUCUUCUGCUAGCUUUACGGUUUAAGAUGCGCGAUUAUUUACGCUUUAAGACGAUAAAAUCUUAAGACCUUAAUUUUCUUGCGGUUCCAUGUAUGACAUCCUUCAAUUAUUGUCUUCUAA